AUGUCGGUGCACUAUAAAUUUAAGAGCACCCUCGAUUUUGACACCAUCACCUUCGAUGGGUUACACAUAUCCGUAGCGGAUUUGAAGAAGUCGAUCAUCCAACAGAAGCGAUUGGGGAAAACUGUAGAUUUUGAUCUUCAGAUUACCAAUGCGCAAACGAAGGAAGAGUAUAACGAUGAUAAUACGCUUAUACCGAAGAAUACAUCCCUUACCAUCGCUCGGGUACCGGUGAAAACGCAAGGGAAGAAGAACUGGGAUAAAGGCGCGGCAGUGGAGACCAGCGCCCCGAUUUCGACAGCACGCGGGAAACACGAUGCGGCCAGCUCGCAGACGAAUGUCGACCUAUCCACGAUGAACGGCACCGAGGAGGACAAGAUCCGCGAGAUGAUGUUCCAAAGUACGGCGGAUUACGAUCCCACGAACUAUCAGAAAGUGCGGGGAUCUCAGACCGGGGAGGUUCCAAUAAACUACAAGUGCUACCGUUGUCAUAAGCCGGGUCAUUGGAUAAAAAACUGCCCCAUGGGACCCUUGCCGAAGGAGAACGUAGAGGUAAAGCGAACAUCCGGCAUACCGCGUUCAUUUAUCGAGCGCGAUAAGGACGUGGGCAUGAAUCCGGCUAUGCAACCGGUGCAGAUGCCUCCAGAGGAGAAGCAAGUCAUACCAGAGGAUUUGAUAUGUAGCAUCUGCAAGGAUCUCUUUACGGAUGCCGUUAUGAUACCAUGCUGCGGCAGCUCCUUUUGCGAUGAGUGUGUGCGAACAGCUCUGCUCGAGUCGGAAGACAAUGAGUGUCCGGAUUGUAAGGAAAAAGGAUCAUCGCCGGGUUCGCUUAUACCGAAUCGGUUUUUAAGAAAUUCGGUUAAUGCGUUUCGUAAUGAAACCGGCUACACCAAAUCCAUUCAGACCGCAACCACCGGUAGGAAGCAAACGAAACCGGAAGAAACACCAACAGCCGAUAGCACGACUAACAGCGGAAGUUCAACGGCACCAGCGGCGGGGGCUCCAUUUGGUACGGUGAACAGUGUGUCCACUGGAUCGAUCUCAACUACCACCGAGAUUGUGGAAUCAUCUUCCACCUUCGAAGAGGAGAGGUUACGUGACGCGGACAGCAACUUGCCACCUCAACUGUUCGACGAAAUUUCCCAACAGGGCGACCUCGCUUCGCCAGAUCAGGAAGAAAAGGAAACGGCACCAGGGGUUGUCGCUAAUGCAGGAUUGGAUAAUGAAUCAGACUAUGAGGACAACAUCACAGUAACCGUACCGCCGGCUCACCUUCAAAGUCGUGGUGCGUUCCGGGGCCACUACAACGGUGGGCGACCCAUACGCCACGGGAGACCGCACGAUCACGAUACGCCUCCGCAUGAGCGCCAACUGGGAAGUGGUAAUAUGCAGGGCUACGGCGCGGGCAAUGGUGCUGGUGGUGGCAGUAACGGAGGGCGCGGAGGGAAUGAUGGCAUGGACAGGGACAGGGACGAAGAGCAUCGACGCAGAGUCGCCAUGGAGGAGAAGGAAGGCGAAGGCUACGGAGCAGGUCUGGCGGGAAUGAACGAACGAGUACGCGAAUAUGACGACCGUUCGCCGGACUACUUGCAUGGAGGCGGUGGACAUGGAAUGAUGCAGGUUCCUCAUAAUCACCCGCAACACGUGCAAACUAUUGGUACCGCCAUGGGGCAUCUCGGAGGCGGGCACGCUGGUGGUGGUGGCUUGUAUAUGGGUCCGGGAAAUCCCGGAUACGGUGGUCAUAUGGGGCAUCCUCAGUUUGGCGGUGGUGGACCAGCGGGAGGUUACGGAAUGCAGCAAGGAGGUGGCUAUGCUCCGCAACAGCGAUCGUACGAUCAUCACGGUGCAAUGUACCACGGAGACCGACCGCCGAGGAUGAUGUAUCCGAUGCGCAGUGGCUUCGUGCAACAUCAUCCGCCUCAUUUACGGCAACGUCCCAUGGGUCCGGGACCGAUGGUGGGAUACCAGGGCGUUCAUCAAUCCAUUGGACCUGGUGUAAUUGACGAUCCAUUGGAAGCAUUCAACAGAAUAAUGCAUGAGAAGGAGUUGCGCAAAAAGCAGGAGCAGCAACAGCAACAAAUGCAGCGCCGUAAUCGAUCGCCCAUGGCUGAUCGAGGACGUCGGUCACGGUCGUUCGAUAAUGGUGGCCGCGGAGGAGGUGGACGAGGACAUUCACCGGAGCGAAGACGUUCUCCUCGUCCGAGGUCUCCUGACAGACGUCGUUCACCGGACGAUAAACAUCCGGAUGAUCGCGAUCGACCUCGGGAGCGUCGGCGAAAUCGUUCUAGCUCGUACAGCUCGGCAAGCUCGCGUUCGUACACAAGAUCGAAAUCCAGAUCACCUAUGAAGCGGAAUAAGUCCCCGCGGAAACGAUCGCGCAGUCCCGGGUACCGGGACAGAAGAAGCCGUAGCCGUUCAGGAUCCUUCGUUGGUGGAAGGUACAGAGAUCGUCGGGAAGAUCGUCGUCCUGGUGAUUUUAGGGACCGUUCGCCUGGGUUUAAUCAACAUUUCGGAUACGGAAACCGUCCUCCCAGGGGAGGUGGAGGCCCUAGAGGAGGUCGAGCUCGAGGUAACAGCCGUGAUGUUGGCGGCGGUAUGCCACAUUUUCCGCCGCGGGGCUUCGAUCGACACCAAUCCGGUCAUAUGCCACCGAUGUCGGGCGGACGACCAGACGACAUACCACCCUUCAUGCAUGGCCAACAUAUGAACGAUUAUCGCGAUGCACCGAUAAUGAAUCAGCAUGGUGGAAUGAUGGGAGGCGGUGGAGGAUCGGCCUCCAUACAAACGGGUGCGGUUUCUACUGUAUCAUCAAACAGGUAUUCGGCGCGAGAUGAACGGGAACGAAGCACUGGAAGCUACGCAGGAGGAAAACCGCAUGACUUCGGGGAAGGUGAUGGUGAGCAAAUGGCACAACACCACCUGCAUCCAAAAGGAUCGGGCGAUCGUCAUCGAAUAUCGAGUCGUCCUUCGUCUCCUGGUGCGCAUCAUCAACAGAACCACGGUCCAGAACCGACGCAGCGCGACAUGGAUGAUGGUGACUGGCAAGGACCUGCCGAGGAAGCCGAUUUCCAUCAGCUGCAUACACCGGGCCGUCGCCAUGACGAACAACAGCGUUCGGAGCAAAUGAGCCAGGAACAGAAGGGUUCCAGUGUCGUUCGGGAUGCGGAUGUGAACAGAAUCGGGGAUCAUCGACCAUCGUCGAUGGGUGCUGCAGGAGGCGGCAACCAUGGGCACGGUAGAUCACGAUCCCGUGAUCGCAAACGUCCGGCGGGCGUUGCUCAAGAUGGUGUCGAUCGCGAUGGAUCGGAUCGAAGAAAACACCGUUCUAAACGAUCUGAGUCCAGGGAAAGGCGAGAAAAAUCAAAUGCCGGUAGUCGAGGGCCUCCUCGGGCUAUCGGGGAUCAUGAGAAGGAAAAGCAAGAGCGCAAACAUCCGCCCUCUGAUAAGGAAAAACGCGGUGAACUCGAUCCGACAAACCGGAGAGAGGAACAGCGCGACCGCCAUCACCGAGAUAGAGGAAAGGAUCGUGGUGAAAGUGACCGCGAACGGGAUCGUGACCGAGAUCGACAACGGGAGCGUGAACGUGAUAAAGAAAAGGAUAAAACCAAGGAUAAGGACCGCGAACCGGAGCAUGAUCGUGAGCGCGAACGGAGAAGGGAGAAGGAUAAAGAACGUGACAAAGAAAAAGAACGAGAGCGAGAUAAGGAACGGGAGAAAGAGCGCGAAAAGGAACGACAACGGGAAAAGGACAAGGAACGGGAAAAGGAGCGCGAUCGUGAUAAGGACAAGGAUGCGAAGGAGCUGUCAAAGAAAAAGCCCCGUGAUUCCAGCGAUGAAGAGCGCCGUGAUAAGAAGAAAGAUCGUGACAAAAAGAAGCGUAAAAAGGAGAAGGAAAUUGAAAAACGAAAGCACAAGAAAGAACGGAAGGAAAAGGAAAAGGAUCGGCGCUCGAAAGACGGGCGGAAGGAGCGAAAAACGGUGGAGAAAGAAGAACCAGACAGCUCACAGCAACCAGCAACCCCGAUGGCAUCGCGAGCGGAAGAUCGUGAUAAAGAUGAGGCGGGAAAGACGGGUGAUAGCGAGGAACAAAAUAAUAGUCACGAGCAGCACGUCGACUCGAUCGAAGAAGGAACUAAUGACCGGCCGGCGAAUUUUGCUAGUGAAAAGGAGAAACACGACAGUGAUACUGGAGAUUCUGGUGCGGAUGAAGAAGAUGGGGAGGAUGCAGAACAGUUGCAAUCGGUACAGGAACAGCAGCAAGAAGCACACAUCGACAGCCACGAUCACGGCGAUCUUUACUCGGACAUACCGGACAAAUACGAAGCGGAUCAGCUGGAGAGGUCAGUUUUGCAAACCGAGAGGGAAAACAGUGGGGCUGAAGCGGAAGAAGCUGGUUUGGCCGACAGCACCGAAGAACCCGAGAAACUGGAAAGCGACACAAGCACCAAAGGUGAAUUGCUGAUGAAGCGGUCAGAUUCCGUGCUCGAUCUACACGCGAACUUAGAUUUGGAGCAGGAGCUAGACGAGGAUGAGCAAAUGCUGUCUUCCCAGACGAAGCAGAACAGUUCUGUGUUGCCUGAGCUCUCGAAAUGGGAGCUAGAUGAGGAGGCUCAAAUCAACUCGUCGACGGCGGAGAAAAAGGACGCUGCAUUGCACGAGGAUCAGUCAGCGACAUCCAUGCAGCAUCUGGCCGCUGGUGGGAAGGUUACAAACGAGGUGUUAAAACGUGCCGAAAAUGCUAUCUUUACACGGGCCAUCAACGCAAUACGGCCGAUUGAGAUUAAAAAAAUCAGUGUUGACCGACAUAAGCUUUACACGAGCGCAAGUGGAGGUGUUCCGCGGGAGAUAUCCCCAUCCGGAACCGACAUUAAGCUUACUCAGGAACACGACGAACUCAAACGGUUCCAGGUUACCGUACCCCUGAAUGAUGAACGAGUGGAACGAUCGGUAGAAAUCAAACAAAAAUUAGAUUUAAAAAAUGAAAGUCGCUCUUCGCCUACGCGGACGUCCAUCAAGGAACGGCUUGGUAACAAAGUUCCGGAUAGCAACGCAUCUCAGCUGGCUCGCUCACAAACACCACCCAACCGCAAGGCGGGCCGUGCUGGGUCUGGUAUGAAUGCGUCGGCAGUCACAGACACCAGUAGUCGCUCUAAAUCGUCCUCCGAUCGGCGUCGUGUUUCACCCCCAAGGCGAAGUCGAACCCGCGACGAUGUCGAUAAUCGAAAACGAACAGAUCGUGACCGAUCCGAUGGAAGGCAUGACGGAAGUGGCAGUAAAAAACCAGCCGAACCUUCUAACCGCCGGACGACCGGGCAUAAUAACAGCCGCGUCAGUGAUGAUCGUCAGCAAUUGACGCGUGAUCGCAAAGAUGACCGCCGAGGGUCGGACAGUCGCGAUAGGAAUGAAAACAAAAGAUCUGAACAGCAACCUGCGCACCCACGUGGCAGGAGUCGCGAUCGACAGCGUGAUCGGGACCAUCAUCGUGGUCCUGGCGGGCGGCGAGGUAGUAGCCGAGAACGAAAGGAAACCGUUUCGCCAAACUCGAAAAGAACGGACUCCGGUCGGAAGGAUGGGGACACGAACCGGAACAAGCAACUAUCCCAACGGGACGACCCAUCCGGUAGGGUUUCUUCUUCAAGACCCAGCCACCGGGACGAAAGCUCGAGUCAAAAAAACCGCGCAGCAGGGGAGGAAAAAAAUGCAAUAGCUCCUAGUUCGACGACCGGAACCGGCGGUGGGGAUCGGUUGGCAGGACGCGGAGAACAGUCUCCCGGCGUCCGGAUGUCUCGCAAGCGUUCCGCCGAGCACCUACGAGAAGAGUCUGCGGAAAGACAGCAUCGGCAGGAGGACAGCUCGUCGAAACGGGACACGGAUGCAAACGUAGCCUCGGUCCCGGGCGGUGGCAGCAAGAGGACAAAGCUGGAGAAAUCAUCAUCCAAGGCCGCGAAGACGGGAGGAGCGCCCGGUAGCUCGACCGAAUCGAGCAGCACCGAUUCGGAUUCGUCCUCGUCGGACAGCAGUGGCGAAUCGGAUGACGCCGGUGGCACCAGAAGCAGCAGCAAGAAGCGCAAAAAGCGGAAGCACAAGAAGGAACGCAAGCGUGCCAAACGCUCCGCAGCAUCGACCGAAUCGGACGACGAGUCUGGCGGCAAGCGAAAAAAAUCAAAGAAAAAGUCAAAAUCCUCCAAGAAGAAGAAGAAAUCUAGCAAACAUAAGAAGGAUUAGGUGUGAGUAAGCAACCACCGUUCAGUUUCCCUUGGCGCCGGUGAAGGAUACGACGGUAUAUUGACGUAUCCCUUUCCUGGCCCUUCCAGAGCCGAGGGAGAAAGCUUCGUUCGCGAGUUACGAUUCUAGAGUAAUUUUCUAAGGGCAUUUUAUUGUUUGCGAAGAAGCCGGAACCGAACGGUCCAGCAGGAAUGCUGCAUAUUAUAUCGUUAGUGUGAGGUUUGCAUUUGUACCAUCACCGGCUUUCCUGGCUUUUCCUUUUUCACUACUCAUCACCGUCUUGGAAUCGUUUACACGCGAACCAUGCGGUCGAUGAUGUCGGUAGGCGCGUCAGCAGGACAGCAAAAAUGAAUUAUUCAACCCAUUGUACAUUUUGAUGAACUUAACGGCGGUGGUGUCCGUUGAGGCGGGUUGUUCAUCGGCGAUACUCUAGCAAAGGUUUUCCUUAGGUCAUGCAUCCGACACGAGUCGGGUACCAAUGUACGUAUUCCAUACUUUACUGGCUAAUUAAUAAAAAGUAA